CUGGUUCAGGGUGUAACGUUUGCGACGGUGGCCGAGAAAGAGAUCAUUGAUGCCGUUUUCGAAAAUAGAGGCCUUAUUAAAGUAUCGAUAAAUCUUCGGUUACCGGAAGGCCGACACAAAAUUGAGAAUGCGAUGAUCAGGAAUCAGGAAAUAAGUAAUUUUAUAUUUCAUUCAUACGAAGGAGGCCACACUAUAAAAUCAAUCCGUGCUUCAUCUAGAAGCGGGAAUCUUCUGGAUGAAAACGGAACUGGGAGGAUACUGAGGCGACAGGCGGCGGCAGCAGCUCGAGCAGCCGAAGAAGCGUUGAAGAAAGCUGAAGAUGCGAACAAGUCUGUCGUAACUGAACAAAAACUUCCCAAGAAGCAAUUAGCUCCUAGCAAACCCAUUAAUCGAAAUGCGCCAAAAGCACAGCUACCGGUCACGAGUGAAAACCCACCAAAACAGCCAUUUGCAGCACCAACAAAAAUUGUAAAAGAAUCGCAUGCUCCUAUCUCAGUUGCUGGAAAAGUACUAUCAGCCGCCAGCUCAAAAGCGCCUCCAGUUGUAACUGGCAAUGUUAAGAGACUGUUGGAUGCAGCGAAAGCGCAAUCCGCCAUAAAUAGUACUUUGAAGAGCGUACCGCCAGCGAAGACAAUCGUUAUAAAAGGAAUGCCGGAACAAUCAGCCCAAUCACCAGAGCCGAAGCAAACUGUGAGAAAAACAGCUACAAAAACGAAACCUGAGGCGAUUACUGCCGAACCAGCAGUAAAACCAAAGCUGAAGAAAACAAUGCCGAAAAAGAAAAUUCCUUUGGAGCAAGCAGAACCGGAGCUCGAAUUGGAUACCGAACUGUUACCAAAAAAGGUUGGCACCUCAUUUGUGUUUGUUAGGCUUUAG